GAGCAUUCGUGCGCCACGACUCCACGCUCGACGCUCCUCUGACUGGGCUGCAGCAGAAAGAGAACCCCCCCGUGCAGCUCCCUCACCAGCAGGUCUCCCCGGGAUCCGUGUUUUGCGUCGCUCCUCGAUUUGCAUUUGUCGCUCAGAUUUUCCGUGCGUCGGGUUCAGCCGCUCGAAACCAGCGGGCGCUCCAGCUCCAUUGUACGUGCGCCUCCAUUUCCAAGCGAUACGCAAAGAUAAAGAGGGAGAAUAAAACAAAGAACAACCACCCCUGGACAUUUUUUUUUUGAAUGAUGUUGCCGAGGCUGCACCAGAGAAGAAACUGAGGAAUUUUUUGUAUCUCUUGUUGUUCACUGUAUUCUUUAUUUGAGCUGCGCACCUUCCACGAAGACCCACACGUGUCUUCGGGGUAAACAGAAAGGGCUCGAUCGUGUCAGCAGAUUGCAUUGUUUCCCUCAACCUCCCAUUUGUUUGGCUGCACAGACACACGACGAGGAGUUCCAGCUUUGGAGACGCGCUGUGCACAUUUCAGUCCGUGCGCCUUGGUGAGAAAAGACGCAUUUUGGAGAUGUCGGAAGUGCUGCCGUUCAACGAGGAGAAAAUGAGUCAUUAUGGAAAUGAGGGCGACGAGGGACACCUUUCCUUCACCUGUCGUCUCCAAGACACCAAUAACUUCUUCAAUGGCUCGCAGAACAAGCGUCCGCCGAAGCUCGGACAAAUAGGAAGGAGCAAACGGGUUGUGAUCGAGGAUGAGAAUGGCGACAACGAAGCCCUGAAAAAUGGAACAGAGAAGACCCCGCCAGAGGCUUAGAGAGCGCUCGUCUCACCAACCCCCCAAAAGACACUCUUGAAAAAGAUUUUUUUAUGGCGAUAUUUACUAGUUUUAAUCCAAAGACACUGUAUAUAAGCACUUUCUCUCAUGUGGCAGCAAGCAACACUUCCACACCCUCCUCUCCCUGUCAGUCAUCAUGGCCAUCCGGGUGACACACACUGGCAGGGGUGGGAGAUGGCAGCGAAGGAGACAGCGAAGGAGACCCCCAGGUGGACCCCCCCCAACAAACACACACACAUACACACACACACACACACACACACACGUAUAUAUAUAUUUAUACAUACAAAUACACAAAUGCCCUUCGAUCACAGGGUUUCGCCAUAGAUCCAAAAGUGAAGAAGACAACAAGCGAGGGGGGGGUGCGAUGUAGAGGAAGGAGGCGGCGCUGUUAAAAUGCAGAAAUCAGGGACAGGAUACAGAAAUAAAUCUAAUAUAAAAACUAAAGCACACACUUCUCCUAUAUCUUAUCUAUUAAACCUAUGGUACCAUUCUUUCUUCUCUUCAUUUUGAUCAAGGGAAAAUAACUCAUAGAAUUUGUAAAUAUGGAGAGGGUAGCCCAUAUUUUCUUGCACAAAGUGGGAAUCGGUAAACUGGCUUGUUCUCUGUGUUGAAGACUUUAUUUAUUGAUCCUUUGGAAUAUGUCUUUUGCAGUGACUAAAGGCCCAAGGAGAGGUUUUUUUGUAUGUCAAGAAGACUUUGAGCGAAUGAGAGUGAUGUUUUUUUUCACUUAACAAUUCUCGAUGUUGCCUGAGUGUUUUUUGUUACCAUAUUUUGCAGCUAAUGAGUCAUUUAUAUACAGUGUACCUCCCACCUGUUUGUAAGCUUCCCAGGCUUUCACCUGGAUUGGUUGAUACUGUAACUUGACUGUCGACACCCUAUUGAUAAACUAUUUAUAUUGCAUUGUGCAUUAUCGUGUGUGCCAAAUCUCAUGAAGGAUAUACUGUACCGGAUAACUUGUUCUUUAUUUAUUUUUUUGUGCUUUAUACAUUUACUCGGACAGUUCAGUUGUUUUGUUGGGUUGCCAUUUUUAGGGCUCUUUCUUAAAACACUGAGAUACCAACUCAUGCAUGGCAAAUAUAAAAUCAUGCAUGCACGGCAGAAGUUCUGAAACUCUUGUGUAUUCUUGAAGCACCUCGUAUACAGCUUUGAAUGACAAACCUCGAGAAACAGUCUUAAUUCUGCGUUGUACUGUACGAUUCACACUGAUUUGUACAGUGGCCUAAUAUCUUGUAAUAAAGAUUUGACAAAGUA